CCCUCUUAAUUCCCCUUAAUCCUUCUUAAUCAGUUACAAACAAUUUCUCAUUUCUAUGUUUCACAAUGAGUUCAAAAUAUUUACCCAUCAAAUAUUCGGAACAUAAAAAUGUCACCACAAAGCGCCUCCAAUGCGGCGGCGCGCCGUGCCACGCGCCGCGCGUGGUGAGGAUCUUCGUCACGGACGCCGACGCCACCGACUCCUCCGGCGACGAGGGCGGUCCCACCUGCGGCCGCCAGGUCCGCCGCCACAUCCACGAGAUUCGCCUGGAGAGGGCCCACCACUGCGGCCAUCAGGCGCCGGUCCGCCGCCGCGCCGGCGACAGAGAAGACGCCGGAAAAUCAGGCGCGAAGAAGAAAAACAAGCGGCCGCCGGCGCAACGGCCGCUGCCGGCGGCGGAGAGCGGGGAGGGGAGGAAAUUCCGCGGCGUGAGGCGGCGGCCGUGGGGGAAGUGGUCGGCGGAGAUUCGGGAUCCGGCGCGGCGGGCGAGGGUUUGGCUGGGGACGUUCGGCACGGCGGAGGAGGCGGCGAUGGCGUACGACAAGGCGGCGAUCGAGAUACGCGGCCACAACGCCGUCACGAAUUUCAUGAGAGUGCCGCCGGAGCGGGCCUCGCCGGAGAGCACGGAAUAUUCGGACAAUGUGGAAAUAAUUGGCGGCGGCGGCGGCGGCGGGUCGCCGAUUUCUGUUUUGGGAUUGUACGGAAAUGAUGUGAAGAAUGAGUACGAGGUUUCGAUGGAGGAAUGUCUGCCGUUGGAUGAUGAUUAUGAUUCGUUGUUGGAGCAUUUCGAUUUCGAUGAUUUGCCCUUGAUAUGCGACGAUAUUAGCGUAUCUAAACUAGAAAUCGACGAUUUCGGAUCCUUAGCUUGGGAUUUUGGCUCCUUAAUUUAAAAAAAAAUGUGAAUGGGAAAAAAAUAUGGAGUAUAGUAAUAAAUGUUUAUUAGUUAGUGGAGUAGUAUAUUUUUUUCCUUAGUCUAUUAUUUUCAAUUUCAUGAGAUUUCUUCUGUAAUUUAGUGUAAUUGAAUUGUAGAGUAAUAAAUCUACA